GCAUUAUAGGGCAUAAGUUCAAACAACCUUGAGCUUUAAAAUUCCUUUUCUCUCGAGCCACCCCAGUUCCUUUCAAGCCCCUUCCAUAUUUACAGUACCAUUGGAUCGAAUAAGAGCAGAAUUCGGUCUGAUGGUCUUGAGGUUCUGAGUAAACUCCGAGGAAAAAGAAAGAAAGAAAAAUAAAAGGUAAAGGACUCAUUUCCAUAUUAGAUAUUUAAGGAAACAUUUUCUUCAAGAAAUCGUUAACAUGGAAAAGGUGAUGGGAUUGGCCUCCGAGAAAGGAGUAGUGAUAUUCAGCAAGAGCUCCUGUUGCAUGUGUUAUGCAGUGAAAAUACUAUUUCAAGGAAUUGGAGUUGACCCUCUCGUUUAUGAGAUUGACCAAGACCCUGAAGGCAGGGAAAUGGAAAGAGCUCUCCUGAGGAUGGGUUGUUCUGCGCCUGUACCAGCUGUUUUUAUCGGUGGAAAGCUCAUGGGUUCUACCAAUGAAAUCAUGUCCCUCCACCUAAGUGGCAAUCUCGUUCAAAUGCUCAAGCCAUAUCAGACUUUAUCUUAAAUUUUACUACUUAUAGUUCACUGUCAAGUAAUAAAAAUUGGCUUGAUUUAGUAGUCUAGUGUGCUAUUGUACUGAGUUAGUAUGUGUAGUUGUUUGUGUUAAGUGUUUCUUAACUUUCAUUAGCUAGUGUGUAAUAUGUUUCCCCUUUUGUUAAUGAAAUUAAUUAUCUUUAUAAUUACAUACAUA